AUGAUAUGGAAAUCAUUAAAAGCAUCAAAAAACAAAGAUUAUGUAUUAUACACUGGUAGGUUCAAUCAGGACGGCUUGGAAAAUGUAAUUGGUUCCUUUCGCCUACAGCAAGGCAAUUGUUUGAACCCUACACCAAUCCAAUUUAUAUGGGCAUUUAAAAAAAUGCUCUAUUUGAAUUAUUUUCAGCAUUCACCUGGUACAAAUUGUAUAAAGGAUUUUGACCAAAUAUUAUGCUCAGAUGAGCCAUCCUCUAGUAAAUAUCUUAUUCUAGAAGAACCAAACAAAGAACUAUUUAUGUUUAAAGGUAUUGCUGUAGGUACAGUUGACUACAGACAUUUAGAUUUACCUGAAAUAAACACAUUUACCUAUGUGUGUGGGUAUUUAAUGAAAAAAUGUCUGGAAAAACAUACCUGUGAUAUUUGUAUUGAGUAUGCUCAGUACCAAAAACAAUUGGAUAAAUCCUUUCUACUGUCAUUUAUUAAAGCAUAUUCUACUAAUAACCAUUCCACAUUUGGAAAUUUGAUGAUGCCAGAUGAUGAUUUUUAUAAUUUUAUCUCUGAAUUAGAGAAUAUAUUCAUCAAUAACGUUCCCUCUAUUGCCUAUAAGGAAGGCGUUGGGGCUAAGUUGAAAAUUGAUUUUUCUAAUGUACCGUAUGAUCAUCCCUGUGAAUAUUUUGAAAAAUCAUAUUUAAUAAAUUUAUUUACACGCUUCAGAAUUUUUACAGGUAUCAAAUUUUUAAACAGGGCUUUAGUUUCAGAGAAGAAAUUGAAAAAUUGA